AUGAACGAUUCCACAGUUGGCAGUAAACUAGGCCAUGGCAACUCCUUAGGAAGGGCUGGUCUUCCAAAUGCAAGUGCAAAUGCUGACAACGCCUCCCCUUCAUUCCAGUAUGAGGCUGCGGUAGAGAUGCCUUGUCGCGCACAUGCUGCUGUAAGUGGAGGCUUGAGCAGCAGCAACGCCUGCGGUAUGGACAGUAGUGGGUCCGUUUGUGAAGACGCAAACAGCAGAUUCAUUUCAGGAGUUGCUGGAGGUCAAAUCUCAAACGGCGCGCCGUUGGGACGUCACUUUUGUAUCGAUCCCCUGCACGCAUCAGCAAUGCGCGCUGGCUCAUUCAACCAGGAGGCCUGUUCUGGUAUGCCAGGGAUGCAAGCAGGGGAACUUCCUGAGCAAAGCAGGGCUUCUGACGGUGCGAUGGUGGCACCCUUGAGUUGUACGGCAACCGAUAUUGCGAAGAAGACGAAUCCCGUGCUGCAGUAUGCAUAUUGCAAGGACGGGAACAGUGAUGUGGAACGAGAACACUGCAGCAGCUCGGUGCAUGCAUCAUCAGCUUCUCGUGGCUGUAUUAGAGGUUGCGUCGUGGCGACACAGCCAGCAGACGAAAGCGUCAGCAAUCCACAGGAUACCCAGCCCGCAGCAGGCGGAGCAGAAGCGGCAUCCCCAGCCGGUGGAGUUUCCUGGGCUCAAGCGGAAGGGAGAUCUUAUCAGGCUCGUCUAGACGAACUGGUCCUCCUCUCAUUUAAUGCGGGGCUUCUGGAGUAUAAACUCUGCGGCCUCCGCGUGUACCAGAACCCCCCGUUCACUCAGCGUCGUCUUCACCACAUCCCGGCGGCGCUGUUGUCCACUGAAGCUGACAUAAUUUGCCUUCAAGAGGUUUAUGGGGACAAUCACGCGGACUUCAUCAUUGAGAGCACUCGUCACAAGCUACCUUUCGUUGGCCGCCGCACGUCGGGGGGUCGUUUUUCUCUUCAUAAUGGCCUCAUGGUCCUCAGCAAGUAUCCAAUAGUCCACACUCAGUUUCACAGAUUUGAAGAUGUGACGUACAUAGAGCGUUGCUUUGCGUCAAAGGGGAUGCUGGAAGUGGCUGUGGAUGUUCCUUCCAUUGGCAUCAUCGCCAUUUUCAAUAUUCAUUUGGCUAGUGGAGCUGUCGACCCCGAAUCUCGCUAUGUGGAAGACGUGCGAGCAGCAGAGAUACGGCAACUAUUGAAAGCUUGCGACGAUGCAGCAGACAGAGGUCAUGUUCCUCUUGUUAUCGGCGACCUGAAUGCCGCUCCCCACUUAUGCGCUUCGAACUACAAAUGCUUUGUGGAGCGAGGUUGGCGGGACUGCUGGUUGCAUGUGCACGGGCACCAGCGCCAUUUGCUGCAGCAUCACUUGCUUCAUCAGCAGCAGCUGUUGGAAGAGCAACAGCUAGACGAUCAGGGAAUAGAACUGCACGACCGACACAUUCGCAGGGAUUUGUUCGUGCGCGUUAGGAGACAGCGGCGCAUGAAGUUGAGGAGAGGUCCGGACCUUGAGACACUGCAGCCGCCGCCCCAAACGCCACCACAAGGGACGGCGUCUUCCGCGCAUGGGAAAUCCAUGCAGCAGCGCCAGGGCGGCAGCUCCCAGGCUACGUCACCUCGCGUCCCCACUGUGAGUUCUGAUGCGGACUCCAGUGAUGCAGAGAAAGAGCAGAAGCAGCAGCUGUUAGGGCAACGACGCAAGCAAAGGAAGUUCCUCUCUCACAGGAACGAUGGAUCCGGUCCAAGCAGCAUAUCAGUGCAGCGAGAGACCAACACCUAUUUCGGAGGUGCUACGAACGUCAAUUCGAAUGUAGGGGCUGGAGGUAGCUCACCUGCGGACACUAGUCGUGAUUUUUCUCGAGGAGGGUCGCUAGAGCUGUGCAGUAGUAGCUCUAGCGAUGCCACCGCUGCAGGGCCACGCAGACCCAGAGUUAGGAGCAAAAGUGCUUUAGGUGGCCGUACUGACGGUGAAGAAUCGAUUCCGCCGGCAGGAGGUUUACUGGGGGGUUAUUUUGGCAGGGCAGGAGGAGGCGUCCAGCUUCCGUUAGCCUUUGAACUGCCAGCUGCUGCAGCGUGGGCGCACCGCGAGUUUUUCCUCACGGCAAAGCGACGGCUCAUCGAGCAGCAGCAGAAGUGGCUUGGUGGAGGGGACAAAGCUCCAGUUCUGGAUGUACGUCUCUCACUUGCUGCUCCGCAACACCACCAGCGGGGCGUGGAUGCGACUCCUCUUGCUAGUGACUGCUCUCUUGCGUCAUGCAGCACAGCACUCACUGCGGCACGCAGUGGUGACACAGCGUUAGUCCCUGCGAAGGCCUGGCGCCCUGGAUUUCUUGCUCCAACUCCGGUAGAUAACCAAUGGCCUAAGGAUGGGGCGGAUGGCACUGUUGCUGAUUGGCUGCUCUCCGACACAGACGAAGAGACAGAGUCUGGAGAAGGCUGUGACACUGUUAUACAUUGCCCGCCCGAAGAGGAUAGGGCAUCUUCCUCUCCAUGUUCAAGAAGAGACUUCACUUGGGACCCUGAGAACCCCCUAAACUCAAUUGGGCCACAUGCGGGCUGUCACGGGCUUCGCUGCGACUAUGUAUUCUUGCCUCCCCACCAGUUUGCUGGGGGCUUGUAUCCUUUCCUUCCUGUAGCUGCGGACAUCCUUAUGCGGGACCCUCGCGUUCUAGUUGAUGCGUGCUGUUUUGGUUGCUUUGGGGAGGUGAUGCUCGUGACAUUAAGUGAUCACUACGCUGUUCGCAUUACGUUGCGCCGAAGCACCGACACAGAUAUUGCCGACUUCUGGGGCUCCUGUGCAGCAGAAGCGGCUGCCCUUCGCUCCGCCCGUGCAGCAACAGGGGACCAAUCAGCUGCCGACUAG